UUCCCUCACAUCUAGAGACUUGACAGCGUUUUCAGUCACGAUGAGGAGCUCUGUGGUGUUUUGCCUCGCUGUCAGCUUUGCAAUGUUUGGAUUUGGCCUCUCCAUCCAGUGUUACUCCUGCCCUGAUGGCUCCUCCAACAGCUGUGCCGCCAAACUGGAGUGUGACCAGGGACAGGACAGCUGCCUCAAACUCACCAGUGGUGAAAAUACCUACACCUCGUGUAUGAGGUACGCAGACUGUGACUUCAUGACUCUGGCCGUCAGAUAUUCCCUCGCUGACUUCGAAUUCGACUGCUGUCAGUCAAAACUCUGCAAUGGCCAAGAGAAAAGUGGGUUCCAGAAGUUCAAGGACUUUUUCGGUUAAGAAAUGAGAAGGAAGAAGAACAAAUACAGUCACGUGAUUUCAGUAUGUGGAUUAUUUCAUGUAGCGUGUAUUUGUAUUACCUCUGCUGAACAUUAUUAAGCACUUAACGUCUUAAUAAAAAGAAUGUUUUUAAAAUA